GUUUACCUUGCGUCAUAAGGCCGGAAGUACGGAAUUAUCACUGCGCAGCCGCCGCGCGUUGGUUUGUGGGAUCUCUGGAAACGAGACUCGGAACGCGGGAGAAAGUUGGUUUUAGGAGUACGUUCGGCCCUGGCACGAGGCCCGGCUGUCAUAUUUCUCAUUUUAUUAUACGAGUCCAGAAUCUCCAGUCAAUCGCUCCCGCUGAAAUGGAAGACGACACUGAUUUACCCCCUGAGAGGGAAACUAAGGAUUUCCAGUUUCGACAGUUAAAAAAGGUCAGACUUUUUGACUAUCCGGCGGAUCUUCCCAAGCAGCGCUCCAACCUGCUUGUGAUAUCAAACAAGUAUGGACUUCUGUUCGUGGGAGGGUUUAUGGGAUUGAAGGUUUUCCACACAAAGGACAUUCUUGUAACCGUCAAACCUAAAGAAAAUGCAAAUAAAACCGUCGUGGGACCUCAAGGUAUACACGUGCCUAUGAACGCUCCCAUUCACCAUUUGGCCCUGAGCUCUGAUAACCUCACACUGUCCGUGUGUAUGACCUCUGCUGAACAGGGCUCUUCUGUUUCCUUCUAUGAUGUUCGGACGCUACUGAAUGAGUCCAAACAAAACAAGAUGCCAUUUGCAAGUUGCAAGCUGCUCAGGGAUCCCAGCAGCUCUGUUACUGACCUACAGUGGAAUCCCACAUUACCCUCUAUGGUUGCAGUGUGUCUGAGCGAUGGCAGUAUCUCGGUCCUGCAAGUUACAGACACAGUCAGUGUUUUUGCCAACCUCCCAGCCACUUUGGGUGUGACUUCAGUCUGCUGGAGUCCAAAAGGGAAGCAGCUAGCGGUAGGGAAACAGAAUGGAACAGUUGUACAAUACCUGCCGAGUCUUCAGGAGAAAAAAGUGAUCCCCUGCCCUUCAUUUUAUGAUUCUGAUAACCCCGUAAAAGUGUUGGAUGUGCUGUGGCUCAGUACUUAUGUCUUCACCGUGGUGUAUGCGGCUGCUGACGGCUCGCUAGAGGCCUCUCCCCAACUAGUAAUAGUCACACUUCCGAAAAAAGAAGACAAACGAGCUGAGAGGUUCCUAAAUUUCACAGAGACUUGCUACAGCAUCUGCAGCGAGCGGCAGCACCACUUCUUCCUGAACUAUAUCGAGGAUUGGGAGAUUCUGUUGGCAGCAUCAGCAGCCUCUGUAGAUGUUGGUGUGAUUGCACGGCCCCCUGAUCAGGUCGGCUGGGAGCAGUGGUUGCUAGAAGACAGCAGUCGGGCUGAGAUGCCAAUGACCGAAAACAAUGAUGAUACUCUUCCUAUGGGAGUAGCGCUUGAUUAUACCUGUCAGCUGGAAGUAUUUAUCAGUGAAUCACAAAUACUGCCGCCCGUUCCGGUUUUACUCCUCCUGUCCACAGACGGGGUCCUCUGCCCGUUCCAUGUAGUCAACCUAAAUCAAGGCGUUAAACCACUGACCACAUCACCGGAGCAGCUUUCCUUGGAAGGAGAGCGGGAAAUGAAAGUUGUCGGUGGAACUGCAGUUUCUACUCCUCCUGCCCCAUUGACUUCAGUGUCCGCUCCUGCUCCACCUGCUUCUGCUGCCCCCCGCAGUGCAGCUCCACCUCCAUAUCCUUUUGGGCUGUCAACCGCAUCUUCUGGUGCUCCUACCCCAGUUUUGAAUCCUCCUGCAUCUCUUGCACCUGCAGCUACACCAACAAAAACAACUUCUCAACCAGCAGCAGCUGCCACAUCUAUUUUCCAACCAGCCGGCCCUGCAGCCGGCAGUUUGCAACCACCAUCACUUCCGGCAUUUAGUUUUUCUUCUGCAAACAAUGCAGCUAAUGCAUCCGCUCCUUCAUCUUUUCCAUUUGGAGCUGCGAUGGUUUCAAGCAACACUGCUAAAGUUUCCGCUCCUCCAGCAAUGUCAUUCCAGCCUGCCAUGGGCACCCGCCCCUUCAGCCUGGCAACCCCUGUUACAGUGCAGGCUGCAACAGCACCUGGUUUCACGCCAGCGCCAUCCACAGUGAAAGUGAACCUUAAAGACAAAUUCAAUGCUUCUGACACCCCACCCCCUGCAACCAUCUCUAGUGCUGCUGCCUUAUCUUUUACUGCAACUUCCAAGCCCAAUGCUACAGUGCCUGUCAAAAGCCAGCCCACCGUUAUUCCAUCACAGGCUUCUGUUCAACCUAAUAGGCCAUUUGCUGUUGAAGCUCCACAGGCCCCAUCAAGUGUUUCAAUUGCAUCUGUCCAGAAAACUGUACGAGUUAACCCCCCUGCUACGAAGAUAACUCCUCCUCAGCCUCAGAGAAGUGUGGCAUUGGAAAACCAGGCUAAAGUAACGAAGGAAUCUGAUUCUAUCCUAAAUGGCAUAAGAGAAGAGAUUGCACACUUCCAGAAGGAACUGGAUGAUCUGAAAGCCCGGACUAGCAGAGCUUGUUUCCAAGUGGGCAGCGAGGAGGAAAAGAGACAACUGAGGACAGAGUCCGAUGGCCUUCACUCCUUCUUCCUGGAGAUUAAGGAAACAACAGAGUCUCUACGUGGAGAAUUCAGUGCCAUGAAAAUCAAAAACCUAGAGGGAUUCGCCAGCAUCGAGGAUGUUCAGCAACGGAAUAAACUUAAACAAGACCCCAAAUAUCUCCAGCUGCUCUACAAGAAACCUCUGGACCCCAAGAGUGAAACACAAAUGCAGGAGAUUCGAAGACUAAACCAGUAUGUAAAGAAUGCAGUUCAGGAUGUCAACGAUGUCUUAGAUCUGGAGUGGGAUCAGUACCUGGAAGAAAAACAAAAAAAGAAGGGCAUUAUUAUUCCUGAACGUGAGACGUUAUUCAACAGCCUGGCAAACCACCAGGAGAUCAUCAACCAGCAAAGACCAAAGUUAGAGCAACUAGUGGAAAACCUGCAGAAGCUGCGGUUAUACAACCAGAUCUCUCAGUGGAACGUGCCAGACUCCAGCACCAAGAGUUUUGAUGUCGAGUUGGAAAACAUGCAGAAGACCUUGUCCCAGACCGCCAUAGACACACAAACAAAACCACAGGCAAAACUCCCAGCCAAGAUAUCCCCAGUGAAGCAGAGUCAGCUAAGAAACUUCCUAAGUAAGAGGAAAACUCCUCCAGUUCGAUCUCUGGCUCCAGCCAAUCUUUCCCGUUCUGCUUUCUUGGCCCCGAGCUUCUUUGAAGAUCUGGAUGAUGUGAGCUCGACGUCUUCUCUGUCAGACAUGGCCGACAAUGACAAUAGGAACCCUCCCCCUAAAGAAAUAGAAAGGCAGGAGACCCCUCCACCCGAGAGCACCCCAGUUCGGGUACCCAAGCACGCCGCAGUGGCCCGUACAACAUCUGUACAGCCUGGACUUGGCACGGCUUCUCUACCCUUUCAGUCAGGCCUGCACCCUGCUACAAGCACACCUGUAGCUCCGUCACAGUCGAUCCGAGUGAUUCCUCAAGGUGCAGACAGCACUAUGCUGGCCACCAAGACCGUCAAACAUGGCGCCCCCAACAUAACAGCUGCGCAAAAAGCUGCGGUGGCUGCCAUGAGAAGACAAACUGCCAGCCAGAUUCCAGCUGCCUCUUUGACCGAAUCCACCUUACAGACUGUUCCCCAGGUUGUCAACGUGAAAGAGUUAAAGAAUAACGGGCCUGGCCCAACCAUUCCCACAGUGAUAGGGCCUACAGUUCCCCAAUCCGCUGCCCAGGUGAUUCAUCAAGUUUUGGCCACAGUUGGUUCCGUCCCAGCACGGCAGGCCGCCCCAGCUGCUCCUUUAAAGAAUCCGCCUGCAUCUGCCAGCAGCAUUGCUCCUCAAACAUGGCAGGGAUCCGCUCCCAACAAACCUGCAGCACAAGCAAUCCCAAAAUCUGAUCCUUCAGCUUCCCAGGCUCCUGCUCCAUCCGUCUCACAGGUCAACAAACCCGUUUCCUUUUCUCCUGCAGCCGGUGGUUUCAGUUUCAGCAAUGUGACUCCUGCUCCCGUUACAUCAGCCCUUGGAAGCAGCUCUGCAGGUUGUGCAGCUACUGCAAGGGAUUCUAACCAAGCGUCCUCUUAUAUGUUUGGAGGAACCGGCAAGUCUUUAGGAUCAGAAGGAUCAUUUUCCUUUGCAUCACUUAAACCAGCCUCCUCCUCCUCUAGUUCUUCCGUUGUGGAACCUACAAUGAGCAAACCCAGUGUCGUUACAGCCGCAUCAACUACAGCAACUGUUACUAGCACUACAGCAGCAAGCAGCAAACCCGGGGAGGGACUCUUUCAAGGGUUUUCAGGUGGAGAGACAUUAGGAAGCUUCUCAGGCCUGCGAGUUGGUCAGGCUGAUGAGGCAUCUAAGGUGGAAGUGGCCAAAACACCCACCGCUGCACAGCCAGUCAAGUUACCCAGUAACCCAGUGUUGUUUAGUUUCGCUGGAGCCCCACAGCCUGCAAAGGUCGGAGAAGCACCCUCCACAACUAGCAGCACCUCUGCUUCUUUAUUUGGAAAUGUACAGUUAGCAAGUGCUGGAUCCACAGCGAGUGCAUUCACCCAAAGUGGGAACAAGCCAGCCUUCACUUUUGGGAUACCACAGAGCACUUCUACCACAGCAGGAGCUUCCUCUGCAAUUCCAGCCUCUUUCCAAAGCCUUCUGGUUUCAGCAGCUCCCGCGACAACAACUCCUUCAGCUCCCAUCAACAGCGGACUGGAUGUUAAACAGCCAAUAAAGCCUUUGUCUGAACCUGCAGAUUCAUCCUCUUCCCAGCAACAAACACUGACCACUCAGUCAGCAGCUGAACAGGUUCCCACAGUGACCCCUGCAGCAACAACUGCCACUGCUUUGCCUCCUCCUGUACCAACCAUUCCUUCCACUGCUGAAGCAAAAAUAGAAGGAGCUGCUGCUCCCGCAAUCCCUGCCUCAGUCAUUUCAAGUCAGACUGUACCUUUCACAUCCACAGUGCUUGCGUCCCCUUUAGCAAGUACCCCGGCUGGAGGUCCUACCUCCCAGGUGCCAGUGCUAGUCACAACUGCACCCCCUGUUACCACUGAAAGCGCACAGACUGUUUCUCUAACAGGACAACCAGUUGCUGGAAGUUCUGCAUUUGCUCAGUCAACUGUAACUGCAGCGUCCACUCCAGUAUUUGGCCAAGCACUAGCUUCAGGUGCAGCUCCCUCUCCUUUUGCUCAGCCAACCAGUAGUUCCGUCAGUACAUCAGCCAAUAGCAGCACCGGAUUUGGCACAUCUGCAUUUGGUGCGACAGGUGGGAACGGAGGCUUUGGACAGCCCUCUUUUGGUCAAGCUCCUUUAUGGAAAGGUCCUGCCACCUCACAAAGUACUUUACCUUUCUCGCAGCCUACUUUUGGAACCCAGCCUGCUUUUGGGCAACCAGCAGCAUCGACUGCUACAUCGAGCGCUGGCAGCCUUUUUGGGUGCACCAGCAGCGCUAGUUCCUUUUCUUUUGGGCAGGCAUCCAAUACUAGCGGCACAUCCACUUCAGGAGUACUCUUUGGACAAAGCAGUGCCCCAGUCUUUGGGCAGAGUGCCGCAUUUCCCCAAGCUGCCCCUGCGUUUGGAAGUGCCAGUGUCUCUACAACCACCACCGCAUCGUUUGGUUUUGGCCAACCAGCAGGAUUUGCUUCUGGCACUUCUGGUUCCUUGUUCAAUCCAUCGCAGAGCGGCAGCACCAGUGUCUUUGGACAGCAGCCAGCGUCUUCCAGUGGGGGCCUGUUUGGAGCAGGCAGCGGCGGAGCAAGUACAGUAGGGUUAUUCAGCGGCCUCGGAGCAAAACCCAGCCAGGAAGCCGCCAACAAGAAUCCUUUUGGGUCUCCAGGUUCCUCUGGUUUUGGCUCAGCCGGAGCAUCUAAUUCCAGCAACCUGUUUGGCAACAGCGGAGCCAAGGCUUUUGGGUUUGGCGGCACAUCGUUUGGGGAUAAACCCUCUGCGACAUUCAGUGCAGGCGGCAGCGUGGCCUCCCAGGGAUUCAGCUUCAACAGCCCCACUAAGACAGGUGGCUUUGGCGCUGCUCCGGUGUUCGGCAGCCCUCCAACAUUUGGGGGAUCCCCAGGUUUCGGAGGGUCGCCAGCAUUCGGUACAGCGGCAGCCUUUUCAAACACUCUGGGCUCGACGGGAGGCAAAGUGUUCGGCGAGGGGACUUCUGCAGCCACCACAGGAGGAUUUGGAUUUGGAUCCAACAGCAGCACCGCUGCAUUCGGGAGCUUAGCCACCCAAAACACCCCGACCUUCGGCUCUAUUUCCCAGCAGAGCCCUGGGUUUGGAGGUCAGAGCAGUGGAUUCUCAGGGUUUGGGGCCGGCCCAGGAGCAGCUGCAGGAAACACUGGAGGGUUUGGCUUUGGUGUUUCAAAUCCCACGUCGCCUGGAUUUGGAGGCUGGAGGAGCUGAGAGAAGUAAGAAGAAGUCGAGUUGUUAUACGACCCCCUGUAUUGUACCUGUCACAGUGUAGCCUGUUUAUAUGUUUCCCAUCCAGUAGGACUCGCGCUAUUUUAUCUGACUUUCUCCCGAAUAAAAGCUCUUGUUCUA